CAUCAUCAUUCAUACCUCCCCAUCGACCUAACCAUGCACCACCAUCUAACCCCCAACAUAGAACAAAAAUAAAGAUAAUCAACUAUAUCCAAAGAGAGGGGGGAAAUGGCACCAAGCGAAUACUCCACCCCCGGUGGAGGCGGCAAACUAAAACUGAAAGGCUCCAAGACGAGCAACGGUCGAAUAGAGAAGAAAAAGAAGAAGAGCAGCAAGAAAGGCAAUGCGGAGGAGAAUGAACAGCAGAAGCAGCAGGAGCAGCAGCAACUUACAACAACAACAACAUCAGCAACAGCGAGUGGUGCUGAAGAGGAACCUCGCGCUAAUGAGCAUGAAUCAUCAUCAGCAGGGGCUGGGAAGACCGAAGCGGAGAGAAAGUAUGAGGAGAUGAGGAAGAAGAGGCUGCAAGAGCGCCUGAAACGAGAAGGGGUCAAAACUCACAAAGAGCGCGUCGAAGAAUUAAACAAGUAUCUGAGCAGACUAAGCGAGCAUCACGACAUGCCGAAAAUUGGACCGGGCUAAAAGGAGUGUCCUCCCCCGUGGUACGGAUCGGUGGCUAUCGUAUCACUUUGUUUCAGACUCAUUAUGUACUAGUCGUAGUAGUGGGUGGGUGCUUUUGCUUUUAGGGAAGGAAGGAGGGGGGAAA